AUGGAUCCACCACCGAAGGUUGGGGUGGCCGUCACGGUGAGGGAAGGCCACCGCUGCUGUCGUCCGGGUGGGGGAGGGCCACCAUGGCCGCGCGUCGGGGUGAGGCAGCAGGAGUCGAAGGUGAAGGGCUCCCAGGCGUUCCCGCUGCGUGCCAUACCCGAGCUUCCGCUUCUCCUCGUACGUGAAGAAGGCGACGUCAUCGUUCUUCUUCGAAUGGCACUGCGUAUCAUCUCUUUAUUGGCCCGCGUCGCCGCGACUCCGCUGCUCGCAGGAAAUAAUGAGUGGUUGGUAGAUAUGAGUUGUUUAAGCACUGAAGAGACAAGUCCCACUCAACAAGAUGAUUACAAGCAUUCGCAGAGCUUGUUAGAUUUGUGGUUCUUAGUCUAA